UUUGUCAAUUUUGUCGACUUUGACAACUUUGCGAUAUCAGAAGUGUAACCUAUCUUUUUUCACACUUGUAAUUAGUAAAAUGAAAACUUAUUAUUAUUUUAGAAUGUUUUAAAACAAUCUAUAUUAUUAGAAAAAUGAACGAGAUAGGCGUGUGCAGUGAAAUAAUAAACGAUAUAGAAGAUCUUAUUUCAGCACAAGAUAUAAUACCGAAAGAACGAUUUAAACCGUUGAAAACUGUUAAAAUUAAACCAAAAAAAACGCAGAUUGAAAGCAUUAAAUGUCCCAAUUUAACAGAAGAGCCUGUAGGUGAUAUUCCUGGGACACAAAAAAUUUAUCUAAAAACCUGGGGCUGUGCCCACAAUAGUUCAGAUUCAGAGUAUAUGGCAGGUCAGUUGGCAGCUUAUGGCUAUAAAAUAGUUGAAGAUAAGUUUAAAGCUAAUUUGUGGUUACUAAACAGUUGUACAGUUAAGAAUCCUGCAGAAGAUCAUUUCAGAAACGAAAUUAAUCUUGCUAAAAGCUUGGGAAAAUAUGUUGUGGUGGCAGGAUGUGUUCCACAAGGUGCUCCCAAAGCAGAUUUUGUUCGAGGUCUAAGUAUCAUUGGUGUACAACAGAUAGACAGAGUGGUUGAAGUCGUUGAAGAAACAUUAAAAGGUAACAGUGUUAAAUUGACGGGAGUCAAAAAAGAAAAUGGCAAAAAAAUGGGAGGUGCAUCUCUACUACUGCCAAAGAUUAGAAGAAAUCCUUUAAUUGAAAUUAUAGCCAUAAACACUGGCUGUUUGAAUCAGUGUACUUAUUGUAAAACAAAACAUGCACGAGGAGACCUGGGCAGUUAUCCUCCAGAGGAAAUUGUUACUAGAGCAAAGCAAGCUUUUAGUGAAGGUGUUGUUGAAAUAUGGUUAACAUCAGAAGAUACAGGAACAUACGGACGUGAUAUAGGCACAAGUUUACCAGAACUAUUAUGGCAGUUGGUAGAAGUAAUCCCAGAAGGAUGUCGUUUACGAUUGGGCAUGACGAAUCCACCUUACAUUUUAGAGCACUUGGAGGAAAUUUCAAAAAUAAUGAACCAUUCACGAGUUUAUGCCUUCCUACACGUUCCUGUUCAAUCAGGAAGUGAUCAGGUUCUUGCUGAUAUGAAACGAGAAUAUUGUAGAGAAGAUUUUGAGCAUGUUGUCAAUUAUUUGAAAGAAAAGUAUGUGCUUAAGUUUUGAUCUUACUAGAAACUCAAU